AUGGUCAGCUCCUGUUGUGGCUCUGUCUGCUCUGAGGAGGGCUGUGGCCAAGGCUGCUGCCAGCCCAGCUGUUGCCAGACCACCUGCUGUAGGACCACCUGCUGCCGUCCCAGCUGCUGUGUGUCCAGCUGCUGCCACCCUAGCUGCUGUGUCUCCAGCUGCUGCAGACCCCAGUGCUGCCAGUCUGUGUGCUGCCAGCCCACUUGCUGUCGCCCCAGCUGCUGCAUCUCCAGCUGCUGUCGCCCCAGCUGCUGCAUCUCCAGCUGCUGUCGCCCCAGCUGCUGCAUCUCCAGCUGCUGUCGCCCCAGCUGCUGCAAGCCCAGUUGCUGCAUAUCUCUGUGCUGCCAACCCACCUGCUGCCGUCCUAGCUGCUGCAUUUCUAGCUGCUGCCGCCCCAGCUGCUGUGUGUCCAGCUGCUGCAGACCCCAGUGCUGCAUCUCUAGCUGCUGCCGCCCCACCUGCUGUAUUUCUAGCUGCUGUAGACCUUCUUGCUGCCGCCCUAGCUGCUGUGUGUCCAGUUGCUGCAGGCCCAGCUGCUGUGUGUCCAGCUGCUGCAGACCCCAGUGCUGCAUCUCCAGCUGUUGUCGCCCUAUCUGUUGCCAGACCACCUGCUGCAGAACCACCUGCUGCCGCCCAGCAUGUUCUAGUGGUUCUUGCUGCUGA